GUGGAAAACUUCAACUGCUUUUCGGCAAGACACAACGAAGGACAACAACAACAGCGAUGGACCAGUUUGAGGUCCUGCGCGUUGUUGGCCGCGGCACAGCAGGGGUGGUGCGCCUGUGCCGACGGUGGGCUGACGGCGAGCUGGUGAUUGUGAAGCAGGUCGCCCUCUCCUCCCUCAACAAGCACGAGCGCCAGGCAGCAUGCAACGAAAUCGAGGUGCUGGACAAGGUGAAGCAUCCGAAUGUUGUGUCGUACUUGGACCACUUUAUCGAGGACGGGUCACUCAUGAUUGUGAUGGAGUACGCGGACAGCGGGUCGCUGUUUGACUACCUGCAGGACCGCCAGGAGCCGCUGCCGGAAUCCACAGUGCUGCGGCUCUUUGUUCAAAUCCUCAUCGCCCUCGACCACGUUCACAAGCAACACGUCCUGCAUCGCGACCUCAAGACCCUAAACAUCUUCCUCCACAGCAACCGCCAGGUGGUGAAGAUUGGCGACUUUGGCAUCUCCAAGUUGCUGGACAGCAAGAGUCACGCACAGUCUGUGGUCGGCACCCCGUGCUACAUCAGCCCAGAGCUCCUGGAGAACAAAGCGUACGGGCCGGAGAGCGACGUGUGGGCGCUGGGCUGCGUGUUGUAUGAGCUCAUGGCGCUGAAGCGCGCGUUUGACGCUCCAAACCUUCCUGCUCUCGUGCUGAAGAUCAUGGAGGGCGCCGUCGCCCCAUUGCCAGACACAUACAGCGCCCAGCUGCAGUCCCUCGUGCACUCGAUGUUGACUGUGGAUGCGAGUGUCCGCCCAACGCUUCCCGCCAUCAUGGCAGCACCGGUCGUCCAGACUGCCCUCAUCGACAUCAUGACGGACAUGUGUUCGCUGCGGACGACACCAUCCCCGCGUGCAGGAAAACGGUCGACACAAGAGCCGUUGCCGUCACGUGCGCGUGUGUCUCGGGCGCGGUUGCGGGAGUGGAGCCGGAUUGUGGUCGUGCAGGACCGCAGCACCACCCACCUCGCCGUGGAGCAGGACUUCAAGGUGGUGACGGGUGCUGUGGGUGUUGGCCGCGUGUUUGCGGUGACGGACGGUGGAUCCAUCCGCCUGUGGCGCCAACAAAACAUGAUGUUGUCGUCGUCGUCGCCAUCUUCUUCGUCAUCAGCAUCAUCAGCAACAGCAGCGGCAACGAGGGGUGGACCGAAGGAACAGGGCACGAAAGCAGGCUCGACCAGCAGCGCAGUCGCACCCACAAUCCCCACGUGGGUGCCCCGGCGUGUGCGCGGGCUGUCAUCGCACCGCGUGCGGCGGAUGGCGUGUGGUCGGUGCUUUGCUGCGCUCAUCACAGACAAGGGGCUCGUCCUGACGUUUGGUCGUGGUGACGGCGGGGUGCUCGGACAGGGCAACACCACCGACAUUCCCACGCCCACGCUCGUGCCCGCGCUCCUCGGAUAUGAAGCAGUUGACGUUAGUUGCGGGGCGACACACACCGCUGUCAUCACCACAGACUCACACGUGUUCACGUGGGGAACAAGUACACUCGGCGCCCUCGGCUGUGGACCGGACACUGCGGUCGCGUCCACGCCUCGCAUUGCUCUCCGCCCGCACAGCAGCGACACAUAUGCGCGCGUGCGCUGCGGCCACGAUGCGACGGCCGUCGUCACCAGUGGCGGUGCAGUCUGGAUUGCCGGCGCAAACAGGUCUGGCCGCCUUGGCGUGGAUCCCGCACGGUUUCCCACCAUCAACACCUUCACACCGUGGUCGUCCCUCUCCUCCCACAUCAUCGAUGUGGGCAUUGGGGCGCAUCACGUCGCCAUGAUCACCAGGGAUUGCACAUGCCUGACAUGCGGCGACAACGCGUGGGGACAGCUUGGACGCAAUACUUCCAACACCAGCAGCGGCGAUUCUGCGCUGCAGCCGAUGAGCGGGCUGGAUGACAAGUCACUGGUCAUGGUGGCGUGCGGCUUGCACUUUACUGCAGUUGUCACGUCAAACCACGAGGUGUUUGUUUGUGGAAGCAUGCGGGGUAAGGACGACAAGCAGCACGCUCCUGAACCGACCACACACCCCACCACACACCCCACCACGCACCCCACGACGCAACAGCACCACGUGCCGCGGCUGAUAUCACUUGCGACGCACACGCUGGCGAGCGCGCAGGGCGGGGUGCGGCACGAGACGGUGGUUGCGCCAUCAGGCAAGAAGCAGGUGGUGGAGGUGCACGCCUCAGACCACACCUUGCUCGUCCUGCUCGCUUUGCGUGUGCGGUCUGCCAUUUCAUGAACAUCUUUCAAUAAACUUCCACAACCACAA